UCUCCGGCGUGAUCUGGUCCCGGUGGGGGACGGCGGCAGCAGAGCAACGUGGCUUCCCCCACGUCGGUGGAGGAGGUGUGUGUUUGGGGAUGGUUUUGCCCCACGGGGCUUGGCAAACGUGCAGCUCGUCCGGCCUCGUCUGCGUCUGUGGUUCCGGGAGCCUGGAGAGCCGCAGGUCACCUCCGGGAGUCCCGGGACUGACCACCCGGGGAGAACAGGCUGCCGGUGAGGAGAGCGCUGGCUUGCUCAGUGUCCCGGUGAAGGAAGGGGCCGCGCGCGGCGCGCCAAGAUCUAGCACGGCGGAGCCGCGGGUUGGUCUUUCCCUUGUCAAGAAAAGGGAGGGAAACAGGUGUGAUGCGGGGAAGAAUGCCAGACGGCGACAGCUGGGAGGAGGGUUGCGGCUGGCGAGCUCGAGACGGUGCAGUUAGGACAGUUUCAGGGAGCAACUGUUGGAAAAGAGGCAGCUCGAGACUCGCUUUCCCUGCGGGUGUAGUAGACGAGACACGGCCUUUCAUUUGCUGAGUUUGUUCUGUCGGAAAGAGAAUUGUUUCUGUUGCCGCGGUUGUCGGGAGGAUAGCGGUAGAUACAUCCAUCCCUUUAAAUGUAGCAUCACGAAAUCAAUCCUGGCACCAAGUGGAGUUGAGCCUCCUUUGGGUAUCAGGCACCCCUGACUUCCAACACGGAAAAGGCUUGUGAGUACGAAGUGGUGGGACUAAGGAUUUGUGGUUUUGAAGCCGAUAGACACUAAUGUUGUUGUUUCUGUGUGUGUGGAUUGCCUCGCACCUCUUGUGGGUGGUCUGGCAAGUGGAUGGUUUACCCUCUUUCCAUGUAAAACUGGAUCUGUACUUCAGCUCAGUUUAUAUGCUUUAUUGGCAAAGAACAGAACAUUGUCCAAAAUAAUUAUCCACUGAUUAAUACAGUGGCUUAACUUAAAAAGUCAGUGGGGAAGAUAUGGAGCAUUAAUAAUAGUAUCCUACUAUCCAGUACAUGGCUUUAUGAAGUUGUGGUGCAGCUCCCUGGCCCUUCUUGUUGGGUGGAUUUUUUUUCUGUUCUAAGUUGUGUUGAUCCUUGCAAUUCCCUUCCCGGUGGGUUGUUAUCUCGCUCCUUAAUUAAAGUUGGACUGUGGUUUCUGCUACUGUGAUAAGAGACUUGCAUUGCAACUCCUAGUGCUUUCUGUUUUGUUAUAGUACGGUUUGUUUCUUGAAAGUUGCCCUUGUUGGUGGAUAUGGUGUCAGUAAUUUUACAUUGUUUAAACAAAAAAAAAGUCAAUCAGUGGUGGACCUUAACAGACAGCGUAACUGCUGUCCAAAGCUUUUUAGGUGUGUAUGUGUAUAUAUCUAUGUAUAUAUAGAUAUAUGGUGUGAUGGUUUAAAAAUUGAGCAGCUCUGUGAACCAAGCCUGGAUGCAGAGUGGCCAUUUUUAUAGCCAGAAUGGGUCCAGUCUCAAAUUUGACAUUUAAAGACGAUGUGCGAGGCAUUUCAGAGGCAGCGGAGCUCAGUAAAUGGCAGGUCGGAUCACCUCGGCUCCAUGGUGAGGAGAAAGAAGAGCCCCCCUGGGCCUGAGGAACAGCACAAUGGGAUGACAGUGAAACUGGGUGAGAGCAGCGGGGAGGAAGGGGUGAAAAAGCUGGGCAAGAGAGCAGGCGGAGAUGAGGAGUCCCUGGAAGAAGAAGGGGCAGGAGGAGGAGGAGAGGCAGCUCCAGGCAGCAGCAGCACAAAGAAAGAAGAGAAGAUUAUUAACAACAACACUAACAACAACCCCCCAGCGAACCCCAGUUUGCCCCAGGCCCCUUCCUCCCUCCAGCCAUCCCACAGCCAGGACCAGCAUCAUUUUCUCAGGUCCAGUGUCAGACCUCAGAGCAAGAGGUUAAGGAAGGAUUCUCAGGCAUCCUCUUCAACUGGCAACAGCAGCAGCACUACUGCAAAAAGCAAAGGAGCAGAUAAUGGGGGGACUUCAUCUGGUAGUACAUCAGGAAUUCCUCCCAGCACUCCUACUGGGAGUUCCAAGGCAGCAGCAAGGAAUCUGGGCUCCUCAGCUGGAGAGAAGGAAGAAGGAAAGAAGGUCAGACGUCAGUGGGAAUCAUGGAGUACAGAGGACAAGAAUACCUUCUUUGAGGGACUAUAUGAGCAUGGGAAGGACUUUGAAGCUAUUCAGAACAACAUUGCGCUGAAGUACAAGAAAAAAGGCAAACCAGCAAGUAUGGUGAAGAACAAAGAGCAAGUCCGGCACUUUUAUUAUCGUACCUGGCACAAGAUUUCCAAAUACAUUGACUUCGAUAAUGUGUUUUCUCAAGGGCUGAAAAAAUCCUCCCUGGAGCUUUAUGGAUUAAUCUGCUAUGGGGAGCUAAGGAAAAAGAUUGGGGGAUGUAUGGAUGAUAAAAAUGCAGCUAAACUCAAUGAGCUCAUCCAAGUUGGGGCCACGACUGUUCGCUACAAAGGGAGAAAUCUUCGGAUCAAAGCUCCAAUGUGUAGGGCACUGAAGAAACUCUGUGAUCCAGAUGGUAUUAGUGAUGAGGAGGAUCAGAAGCCAGUGCGUCUUCCUCUUAAGGUGCCUGUGGAGUUGCAGCCAAGAAAUAAUCAUGCGUGGGCUCGGGUGCAGAGUCUUGCCCAGAACCCACGGCUCAGAAUGAUAGUGGAAUUACAUCGGAAGGUCUCCAGCCUCAUUGAGUUCCUGAAGCAGAAGUGGGCUCUCCAUGAAGUGCGCAUUCGUAAAACACUAGAGGAACGGCAACUUCAAGACUCCAGAGACUCAGAAGCAAGAGGCAGUUUGUCAGAGGAGAAAGUGAUGCUUCAUCUCUUCCCAGGGGAGAACUGUACGCUGAGCCCACUCCCUGGGGUAGCCAGAGUGGUUCACUCUAAAGCUUUCUGCACAGUGCAUUGGCAGGAAACUGGCAAAUGCAAACAGAACACAAAAGACUCUCACUUAUUGCCUCCUGCACAGAUUCUAGGCAUACAAAGUGGUCAGGGGACAGCCAGAGGACAAUUAAAAUACCCACGGGGAACAGAAGGUAAGGGUGUCGGAAGGGCAGAGAGCACUACAGAGCCAGGCAGAACCUCUCAGCCUUCAGCUGAAGUUUCUGCAAGCACUGAAGAUGGCUCCCCAGAGAAUGGCCUAGCAGAAGGGGCAGCUCCAAGUCUUGGUGUCACAAACGCUCUUGAUAAACCACCUUCUGGACUUCAAGAUCCAGGAGAGAGUCUUGAAAAGUCAAUCCCAGUGGCAUUCUGUGCUGAGGGUCGGGAGGCCCCAGUUGGUGAUGAAGCAAUUGUGCUACCAUCAUGCAGCACAACUUGUGCCUGCAGCAAGAUCCCUGAUGUGGAAGAACUCUCUCUGCUUGAUCCCUUCCCACGGUACAUGAAGUCCUGUCAGGACCUGAUUGUUCCAGAGAAAUGUUCUUGUGCAGACAGGCUGCAUCAGAAAGACUUAGUUCCCUCAGCUGAGAGCACUUCUCUUGUGGCUCUUUCAACUGGGAGCACAGAAACAGCUGACCCCAGCUCAGCACAGGUGGUGAGAGGUGGGGUAGCAUCACCCAGCAAUGGCCCGUCCAGAUCUGAAACUCAGGCUAGCCACUGCCAGGGACCACAGCCUGAGGCUUGUACCAAGGAGCUACCAGAUGCAGUAAUGGAGGACUCUCAAGAGAAGCUGAGCUCCUCAUUUCCACCUUCAUCUCAGGGACAAUCUACUGCAAAGUCUCUCAAAGAUGACCCGAGCCGGCUUGCUCAACAGGUCAGAGAAGAGGGAUGGAGUCUUAGAACCUCCGAGAGCCUUACGCUGGCUGAAGUCUACCUCAUGAUGGGCAAGCCGAACAAACUGCAGCUGGAGUAUGACUGGCUGUCAGUCUUAGAGCCAGAAACCCAGGAUUCCAGGGAGAAAACAACUGAACCCAGUGCUCUUCCCACAUGUACUCCCUUUCACAAGCAGAGACUUCUCAACUGCCUUUUAAAGCUCAUUUCUACUGAAGUCAACCCCAAACCAACACCUGAGAUGAACUCUGUUGCCACAUCCCCUAUUAAGCCUGUUCAAGAGGAACAAUCACUGACCCCUCCUGGAAAGGUCAUCACCAUCAGCACCAGGAGUCCAGGUUGUUCCCGCAAUCAGUCCACUCUUCGCAACAAGACCUUUUCUCCCAGUGCUGCUUCCAGCUCCUCAGGUUUGAGAAACCCUCCUAGACCUCUUUUGGUGGCUGGUCCUUCAAGUUCUGGAAGUGCUGAUGCAGAUGGUGGGCUCUUUGCUGUCCCCACAACUCUACCACCCAACAGUCGACACGGAAAGCUGUUCUUGCCCAGUAAGGAAGCAGAACUUACCUUCCGACAGCACUUGGACACGAUCAGUAUGCAGUCAGACUUCUUCUUGCCAAAACCAAGGAAAUUGCGGAACAGACACCUGCGGAAGCCAUUGGUGGUACAGAGAACGCUACUUCCCAGACCAUCUGGAAAUCCGUCCCAGCAUGUAUGCUCCUUCUCCAUCUUGUCCAACUCUUCCAUAACAGGGAGAGGUUCAUUUCGGCCAAUCCAGUCUUCGCUGACUAAAGCAGCUGUUUCUCGUCCUAUUGUGCCCAAGGUUCUUCCAACACAGGCAACAAACCAUCUGUCCAGUGCUAUUGAUUUGGCAGCAAAAAGUGCUGGUAUUAUCCCUGGCAGCCCUUUGCCUGUCCUAGAUGCAGAAGGUUUAUCAGGUGUGUCUCCACUGUCACCGGAUGGAGUACCCACUGUAAUCACAGGCCAAGAGUCAUCAGUAGCACAUCAGAAUGGGGUCUCCAUCACUGCAGCAGAGGGUUCGAGCAGUGGGUGUCGGGUUCCUUUUAUCAGUUUGCCCACACAGCAUGAACAGGAGGCAGUCCCUGAUGGCUUCCAGAGCACAUCAGUACUAUCUCUGUCAGAACUGUCCAAGACACCUCUUCAGAAUGGUCUCUCUACUCCUCCACUUCCUCCAUCAGAGGCCUCCAGUACCCGUCUGUCCCCUCCCAACGUCUCUGCUCUGUUGGAUAUCUCUUUGCCUGGACCACCCGAGGAUGUGCUUUCUCAGGGAGAGCCUGCUACUCAAAUUAGUGAUUCUAUAAUCGAAAUAGCUAUCAGCUCUGGUCAAUACAGUAAAGCUGUUACUCUUUCCCCUGCAAAGCUGAAUGGCAGUGACAGCUCCAAAAGUCUUCCGUCGCCAUCCAGCAGUCCUCAGCAGAACUGGAUUGCCUCCCCCAGCCAUGAUCCACAGUGGUACCCCAAUGAUUCCACAGACUCUUCUCUCAGCAGCCUGUUUUCAAGUUUCAUCUCCCCUGAGAAAGGCCGAAAAAUGUUGCCAACCCCUGUUGGGACUGCAAGUGGCACCUCCUUAUUGGGGCCCAGCCUGCUGGAUGGAAACUCAAGGGACUCUUUUGUAUCUCGAUCUCUGGCAGAUGUAGCAGAGGUUGUGGAUUCCCAGCUGGCAUGCAUGAUGAACGAGAACAGCAUAGAUUACAUAUCUCGUUUCAAUGACCUUGCCCAGGAGCUAUCGAUACCUGAGCCAUCCCGGAGGGAGAUUUUGUUUGAUGGAGGUGGAGGAGGUCCCCCCAUUGGUGAUCUCUCUCAGUGACCAUACGAUACCAGCAGGCUGGUGAAGACUGUUCAGCUAAACGAAACUUGCUGUACUGGAUUGGGGCAGGGCAGUCUUGGAUAUGCAGCUUAAUGCCCAGUCGUCCUUGACCAAUGUACACCUUUGUAAAAGAGCAUUGCUGUCUUCAAAGGUCUGAAGAAGUAUUUGCAAGUUUUGGAAUGUGCAAUACAUGGAAACAGCGAAAUGCAGAACAGUAUUAUGGGGAGAGAUAUGUCCACAUCAAUGAUAUAAAACGGAGUAGUGAAUUUAUAGGACUGUCCUGGAUUUGUACUUCAGAAUGACCUAGGCAAGAAGCUCAAACAAAGGGAUUGCUAGAAGUUACCUACAUUGAUUUUACUUGCAUAGUGAUCAAAACACAAUGGUUUGGGAUUCCAGGGCGGGCAGGGGGAGGGAAAAGGGGAAGCGCCUUUGCUAUUUGCAUCUUGAAAUAUCCCACCCCGCACUCUUGAUGAUCAGUCAGACUGAAGAUUCUUGCACUCUCCUGAAAGGCACCAUGACCGUGAUGCUUUUGCUAGCAUUUUGUAACACACUCUGUUUCUUUGGCUACAUCUUGUUUACUGAACAUUCCAGCAGGGCAGAUGCCUGUGUUUGUUUUGUAGGGGAGCCUCCAUGCCCCCCAACAUUGCAUGGAUCACAGGAUUUUUCUCAGUUUUUAAACAGAUUUUUCACAGCCACCAUCCUUCUGACUGGACCCACAUGAUCGUUCUUUCUGCAGACUGAUACUGGAUUCUUCAUCACAUUACAUGGUGUAUUGGUUCACCUCACUAAUGGGAAAGUACUUUGCAAGUUGUCUCAGAAGGGUAGUCACUCUAUAGAAUGGGAGACACUGCAGAAAGGGCUCUUUAUGGAGUUGCAAUGAAAGCUGUCUUGAAUAAUAGGUCUUAAGUUUUUUUGUUGGAAACCUAUAUGUAUUUCCACCUCUCUCCACAUAAAUGCCAGCAUGUUGCUGAGAAUUUUCCUGGGAGAGGAAAUAGGAAAGAAUAGUGUAACUUACAAGUACAAAUAAUAAGUUAAACUAAAUUGUAAUGUCAUAUCUUGCAGAUGAAGAAAAGAGGUGUCAAGUCCCUGUUUAAUUUUAUCCUUCUAUCUUAACCUCUUUGCCCAGCUAAUUCUUUGUGCUCUGCAUUAUCUCAGGGCAUCAUUUUUCACUAUAGUCACUCCUGAGCAUUGAUGGGUCCAGAACUCCCUAUGCUAAGUACUUAUGCAUUUCUAUGGUAGUUUUAAUGCCUAAAAUACCCAAGUCUUGAUAUCAGGAGGUUUAAAGGAGGUUUAGCAAAGUUGCUUUCUCUACAGAUGAGUUUUCAUUUGCUUCUGCCUUACAACUCAGGAUACUUUCUCCUCCCAUUUCCUUUCCCAUCGGUCUUGAGAGAGGAUAUUUUUUACUAUGCCCUGUUUUUUUAAGCACUUGUCUGCAUCCCUAGCAAAGGGAUUCCCUUUGUCUAUUCAGUAGCUCUGAAACUCUCCCAGGGGCCAGUCCUAAUAUAAACCUCAAACUUUAUACACUAACUGUUUGCUAUUGAAUAAAAUAAACUCCUCCAUCUCUAAGGCUGUUAUCAGGGCUUUGUUUUCCCAGCUUGCACUAAACUCUGUGGAUGUAGUUUUACCUGCCUCUAGCUACUUCUACAAAGCAUUUGACUGGGAGUUUCUUAUUGGAAUGUUGCCCGCAGUACAUUUAUCAGGUUUACCAUUUUCUCAGUCACUGUCCCACCCAUGGAGAUGUUUUUUAUAUUGGUAUAUA